AGCCUUAAAUCUUUGAUUUCUUAGGCUGAAGUACCUUGCUUAGCAUGAAAAUCUCAACCUUAAAACUUUGCGUUUUCUUUAUGGUGUUUACUAACUCAUGCUCAUCAGAUUGAACGAUAACUUAGAAUACGUCAAUGGGAUAUUAAAGGGAAUUAACUGCUCUUGUCAGUACCUUUCAGCGGUGGAAUUAGGAAACACAAGGAGGCAUGGCUGUAGAGGAGCUUCAGUCCGUAAUAAAAAGAUGUCAAAUACUGGAAGAACAAGACUUUAAGGAAGAAGAUUUUGGCCUAUUUCAGUUAGCAGGCCAAAGAUGUCUAGAAGAAGGACAUAUAAGCCAGCUGUUGGAAAUUAUUCAAAAUGAAGAGAAUAAGGUUAUCUUUAAGACUAUGGGCUGGAACCUCGUGGGACCUGUGGUUCGAUGCCUUUUAUGCAAUGAUAAAGAUGAUGAUAAAAGAAAAGAUUGUUAUCAGAUGCUUGAUCUAUUGGUAAAGUUAUGUAAUCCAAAGGAAUUAUUGUUGGGUUUGCUUGAAUUGAUUGAAGAGCCCUCUGGAAAACAGAUAUCCCAAAUUAUUCUUCUUUUGCUUCCGUCAUUGCAAACAGUGAUUCAGAAGCUUCCCAACAACAAGGCAUACUCAGUUGGAUUAGCAUUAUCUACCCUUUGGAGUCAACUUUCUGUUCUUCCUGUUCCUUACGCAAAAGAACAGAUACAGGCAGAUGAGUACGGCCUCUGUCAGUGUUGCAAGGCCUUGAUAGAGUUCACGAAGCCGUUCAUGGGAGAAGUCAUCAAUGCUGAAGAAAACUCCACGGAAAAUGAGAAGUUAAAGGAUGAAUUACUGAAAUUUUGUUUCAAAAGCUUGAAAUGCCCUCUACUGACAGCACAGUUCCUUGAACAGUCUGAAAAAGUUGAAAAUGAUCCUUUAAGGUAUUUUGCAGCUGAAAUAAUAGGUUUUUUAUCAGCAGUUGGACACUCUUUUCCAAAAAUGAUUUUUAAUCAUGGAAGGAAAAAGAAGACUUGGAAUUACCUGGAAUUUGAAGAAGAAGAAGAUAAACAGUUAGCAGACUCUAUGGCUUCUCUGGCAUAUCUAGUAUUUGUACAGGGCAUCGAUAUUGAUCAGCUUCCAAUGGUCUUGAGCCCAUCGUACCUUUUACAGUUUAAUAUGGGACAUAUUGAUGUCUUCUUGCAAAGAACAGAGGAAUCUGUUUUCUCCAAAGGAUUGGAAUUGCUGGAAAAUGGCUUAUUAAGAAUAGAGGACAACAGUCUACUUUAUCAGUACUUGGAAAUAAAGAGUUUUCUUACUGUACCACAGAGGAAAAAAGGUUUAGCUAUGCUUCAGCUUUAUAUUAACAAGCUGGAUUCACAAGGCAAAUACACAUUAUUUAGGUGCUUACUGAAUACCAGUAAUCACUCCGGUGUGGAGGCCUUUAUUAUUCAAAAUAUCAAAAAUCAAAUUGAUAUAUCAUUUAAGAAAGCACAUGCCAAUAAAUGGUUUACAGGACCACACCUGAUUUCUCUGCUGGAUUUGGUGCUCUCCCUCCCUGAGGGAGCUGAAACCGACUUACUGCAGCACUCCGACAGGAUUAUGGCAUCAUUAAAUUUGUUGAGAUAUUUGGUUAUCAAAGAUAAUGAAAAUGACAACCAAACUGGAGUAUGGACAGAACUUGGAAAAAUUGAGAAUAAUUUCUUAAAACCACUGCACAUGGGACUUAACAUGUCAAAAGCACAUUAUGAAGCAGAAAUUAAAAACAGUCAAGAAAACAGCCAAGAGAGACAGAAGUCCAAGGAGCUCUGCUCUCUAACUGUUGGUGGAGAAGAGAUGCCAAACGUGCCUCCUGAAAUGCAGCUGCAGGUCCUACAUUCAGCCCUUUUCACAUUUGAUUUGAUUGAAAGUGUUCUGGCUCGAGUAGAAGAACUAAUUGAAAUAAAAACAAAGUCUACCUCUGAAGAAAACGCUGGGAUAAAGUAAAAGUUCCACUUCAUAAAUUAAAACUAAGAAAAUAU